GUCCAGGGGGAAAAUGUUCUAGAGGCACCUCUUCUGUCUCCUGAGGGGAAGUACAAAGUCUAUGUGUCAGGUGAAUCGGUCCGUUUUGCCUGUACAGCACCAGAGCGUCGAGAAUCGAUCAGCAGAUUUCUCCUGUACAACGGAGAGCAAAAUGUAUCACAUGACCCCAUGUACACUUCUGCGCCAUACAGUGCUACGUUUUCGAUCACAGAACAAUCGGCCGGCUGGAAAUCUUAUACCUGUUCUUACACAUGCAAUGUGAAUGGUACAAUAGUAGAAUCGGAUAAAAGUGCAAUAGUGCAGAUACAAAUAGUAGAUCGUCCAGAGGAACCUCUACUGUCUCCUGAUCGCCCAGACAACGUCUAUGUGUCAGGUGAAUUCGUCACUUUUACAUGUCGACCACCGCAAGCUCGAUAUUCGAUCAACGGCUUUCUCCUAUACAAAGACGGCCAACGUGUAUCAAUAGAACCCAAGUACAAUUCUGCGCGAGAGGAAGUGACGUUUAAGAUCGCAGAAAAUUCUGCUGGCUCGAAAUAUUACGUAUGUUCUUACACGCGCAAACUGCUUGGCAGAAUUGUAGAGUCGCAUUACAGUACGUCAGUGCGGAUAAAAGCAGUAGGUCGUCCAGAGAAACCUCUACUGUCUCCUGACCGGACGGACAAAGUCUAUGUGUCAGAUGAAAGGAUCACUUUUACCUGUACUUCACCGAAGCUUCGAGAGUCGAUCAGCAGCUUUCUCCUGUACAAAGGCAGGGAAAGAGCAUCAACGCAACCCAGAUACACAUCUGGGCGAUACAUCGCCACAUUUCCUUUCUGGGAAAUAGGGACCGGCUCGAAAUCUUACACCUGUUCUUACACUUGCCAUGUGCUUGGCAGAACUUUAGAAUCGCAUAACAGUACAACAGUUUGGAUAGAUUUAGUAGGUCGUCCAGAGAAACCUCUACUGUCUCCUGACCGGACGGACAAAGUCUAUGUGUCAGAUGAAAGGAUCACUUUUACCUGUACUUCACCGAAGCUUCGAGAGUCGAUCAGCAGUUUUCUCCUGUACAAAGGCAGGGAAAGAGCAUCAACGCAACCCAGAUACACAUCUGGGCGAUACAUCGCCACAUUUCCUUUCUGGGAAAUAGGGACCGGCUCGAAAUCUUACACCUGUUCUUACACGUGGAAUGUGCUUGGCAGAACUUUAGAAUCGCAUAACAGUACAACAGUUUGGAUAGAUUUAGUAGGUCGUCCAGAGAAACCUCUACUGUCUCCUGACCGGACGGACAAAGUCUAUGUGUCAGAUGAAAGGAUCACUUUUACCUGUACUUCACCGCAGCAUCGAGAGUCGAUCAGCAGCUUUCUCCUGUACAAAGGCAGGGAAAGAGCAUCAACGCAACCCAGAUACACAUCCGGGCGAUACAUCGCCACAUUUCCUUUCUGGGAAAUAGGGACCGGCUCGAAAUCUUACACCUGUUCUUACACGUGGAAUGUGCUUGGCAGAACUUUAGAAUCGCAUAACAGUACAACAGUUUGGAUAGAUUUAGUAGCACGGCCACAAGAACCUCGAAUAUCAAGUAACCGACCUGAUAAGAUCUAUGUGUCGGAUGAGUCGGUUAUAUUAACUUGUCAGACAACUGGUCGGGUACAUUCCGGUGGCAAAUUUCAGCUGUACAAUAGCCGACAAUUAGUAAAUGAAAAGCUGUCACAGCGAGACAGCGCAACGUUCACCAUCGCAAACCGAGGAGAUGCUCCGAGAGAUUACUAUUGUGUUUACACGUGCAUGGUGUCCGGUAGAGGCAUAUCCUCAAGACAAAGCAACACAUUGACAAUUACGGUCGUGGCACGGCCACAAGAACCUCGAAUAUCAAGUAACCGACCUGAUAAGAUCUAUGUGUCGGAUGAGUCGGUUAUAUUAACUUGUCAGACAACUGGUCGGGUACAUUCCGGUGGCAAAUUUCAGCUGUACAAUAGCCGACAAUUAGUAAAUGAAGAGCUGUCACAGCGAGACAGCGCAACGUUCACCAUCGCAAACCGAGGAGAUGCUCCGAGAGAUUACUAUUGUGUUUACACGUGCAUGGUGUCCGGUAGAAGCAUAUCCUCAAGACAAAGCAACACAUUAACAAUUACGGUCGUGGAUCUGCCCAGACCUAUCAUAUCACUAGCCUCCGGUUAUAUUGCUCAAGGUGAAAAUGUUAUGUUCAACUGCACAUCCAGGAAAAAGAUCUCGGUCGGAACAUUCUACUUAUACAAGAACGGCGUUCGAUUGAAUGACACGGUUCUCCAGAGUACAGAUGCACAGAACCAAUCGGCCACUUUCACCAUCCAGAAUGUAGAACCAGGAAAUAGUGGAAAUUACACAUGUGGCUAUCAAUUAUUGGAUGGAGACAGGUAUCUAAUGUCAUCGCACAGUAAUCCUGUGCUUCUCUCUUUAAACGUGAAGUCGAUUCUGCCGUGGAUUCCAGUUUUCCCCGUCGUGACCUUAAUCUUAAUGCUUCGAGUAUUGGGCGUUUACUGCUGGAAUAAAGGGCAGCUCCGCCUACUAAGUUCGGACCGAAUGUCAAUAUCGUAUGGGAAGAAAGAAACCUUUCAAGCGCAAGGAGAUGAUAGAAUGGGCUCUGCAGACCUCAAGCUGUAGAAGGGACAAUGGGUUCCUGGCGGCUGGCAUCGUCCCGGAGACGGUGAUCUACUGUUCCAAAUCAAUCUACUUCCUCAUGGGCAGUGGGUUCUCGCUUUCGGAUUUCGCAUAUCGGCCUGACUUUUUGAUGUCCCCAACUGCGGCCUGGAAGAUGUGCGCCAAAGGGGUGCGGCCCAGAGGCAGACACGAUUACUCGCCGAUGAAGAUUUGCUUUCAUGGUUGCUGGUCUACGGUUGAUUCUUUAUCUGCAGCAAGUGGAGGGAGGCGGGAGGGUUGAAACUUAUGCUACUGCUUGUAUAUGGUAGGCGGGAGGAGAGUUUUGGGGUUGUAAGAUUUUCUGUCCUUCAAUUUUUGCGUUUUCCUCUAUUUCGUGGAUGUCUGCGAAAAGGAAGGAUUUCAAGUUGUAUAAUGUGUACAUUCUCUAUAUUAAAUUCAACCGUUGAUAACUUUCAUAUCGCUGUAGCAAUUUUUAUUAAAAUUUGAUUUCUUUUUGAGUUUGUAUUUUAAAGUAAGCUUUUCCUUAAUGACGUUUGCCACUUGAAUGUGUCUGUGUAAAUAAUCAGAUUGAAAUAAAUUGCUGCA